UCGUUUUAUUUAUUAUUUUCGAAAUAUGUCUUUAUUUGCGUUUUUAAAGAGCCGCACCGUGUUCUGGCUUAGUGUCACUGGAACCACGGUGGGCGUGGCCUGUGGCGUAAAAGAUCUUAUGCAAGGCGGCAAGUUUACCAAAGAAACGGACGAAACCGGCAAAGUGUUUAUUGUCACGGGAGCGAAUACAGGAAUAGGCAAGGAGACGGUGCGGGAGAUUGCGAGGCGCGGAGGAACCGUCUAUAUGGCUUGCCGAGACUUAAAGAAGUGUGAAGAGGCCCGCGAGGAAAUCGUUUUGGAAACAAAAAACAAAUACGUAUACUGCAGGGAAUGUGAUCUCGCCUCUCAGGAAUCCAUCCGCCACUUUGUCGCAGCCUUCAAACGGGAGCAGCAACGCCUUAACAUCCUUAUCAAUAAUGCCGGUGUGAUGCGCUGCCCCCGUUCCCUGACGUUGGAUGGCAUUGAGCUGCAGCUGGGCGUCAAUCACAUGGGUCACUUCCUCCUCACGAACUUGCUAUUGGACCUACUUAAGGAAUCAGCCCCCAGCCGGAUUGUGAAUGUUUCGAGCUUGGCGCACACUCGCGGCGAAAUCAACACUGGGGACCUGAACAGCGACAAGGGCUAUGACGAAGGCAAGGCCUACAGCCAGAGUAAGUUGGCCAACGUCCUGUUCACACGGGAGUUGUCCAACCGAUUGCAGGGAACUAAAGUGACGGCUAACGCACUACAUCCCGGUGUAGUGGAUACGGAGAUUAUUAGGCACAUGGGCAUCUUCAAUAACUUCUUUGCUGGGCUAUUUGUGAAGCCCCUGUUUUGGCCAUUUGUUAAGACUCCCAAGAACGGAGCCCAGACCACCUUGUAUGUAGCCCUAGAACCGGAAUUGGAAAAGGUGACGGGGCAAUACUUCAGCGACUGCAAGGCCAAGGAAAUGGCGCCGGCUGCCACAGAUUCACAAACGGCCAAGUGGCUCUGGGCGGUUAGUGAAAAGUGGACACAGCCCACGAUUAUCAAAAUAGAUCCUACCGAAUAGUUUUGGGUUUAAAAAAGACUUUGCAUAAAACUUCGCAUAAAUCUAUAGUUUUUUACAGUUGA